AUGGAGAUAUUUAGUAAAGUGAUGUUGGGAGGCCUGGUGUUGGUUCUACUGUGGUUGUUCAUGCUGAGGAGGAAGAGACAAGUCCAUCUACCCCCUGGACCCCGCGCCCUGCCGCUGAUAGGCAACCUGCCUCAGAUGGACAAACAGGCCCCCUUCAAGAGCCUUGUCAAGUGGAGUGGUGUGUAUGGGCCAGUGAUGACAGUGUAUCUGGGGCGCCAGCGGGCCGUGGUGCUGGUGGGGUAUGAGGCGGUCAAGGAGGCUCUGGUGGACCAGGCUGAGGACUUCACAGGACGAGCUCCCAUCCCCUUCCUGGUCCGAGCUACCAGGGGAUAUGGCCUGGUCAUCAGUAACGGGGAGCGUUGGCGCCAGCUACGUCGUUUCACCCUGACCACGCUAAGAGACUUUGGGAUGGGCCGUAAGAGGAUGGAGGAGUGGAUACAGGAGGAGAGCCAACAGCUCAUAGACAGUCUGGACGACACUAAAGCCAUGCCCUUUGACCCCCAUCCCUUCCUGAGUCGCACCGUGUCCAACGUCAUCUGCUCUCUGGUGUUCGGCCAGCGCUUCGACUACGAGGACGACAACUUCUUGCGCUUGCUCAACAUCCUCACAAACAUACUGCGCUUUGGAAGCACCCCCUGGGGACAGCUCUACAACAUCUUCCCCUGGCUGAUGGAAUGCCUGCCUGGUCGGCAGCAUGUCAUGUUCAGCCAGGUGGACGAGCUGAGAGGCUUUGUGAUGAAGAAGAUCCACGAGCACCAGGAGACCAUGGACCCAGGCAUCCCUAGAGACUUCAUAGACUGUUUCCUCACCAGACUCAACCAGGAGAAGGAUGUGUCCUCCUCUGAGUUCCAUUAUGAGAACCUGGUGUCCACAGUGUUAAACCUCUUCCUGGCAGGAACAGAGACCACUAGCACCACUAUCAGAUACGCCCUCAUGCUUCUCAUCAAAUACCCUAACAUUCAGGACCACAUGCAGCAGGAGAUCGACACAGUGAUUGGUCGACACCGCGUCCCUCGGGUGGAGGACAGGAAGUCCCUCCCCUUCACAGACGCUGUCAUCCACGAGGUGCAUCGAUUCCUGGACAUCAUCCCGUUCAGCCUCCCGCACUACGCUACCAAGAAUAUCUCAUUCAGAGGGUACACUAUCCCUCAGGGCACCGUGAUCCUUCCCCUGCUGCACUCUGUUCUGCGAGACCAGGACCACUGGGCCACGCCCACAACCUUCAACCCCGAUCACUUCCUAGAUCAGAGCGGAAACUUCCAGAAGAACCCCGCUUUCUUGGCCUUCUCUGCAGGUAAGCGUGCCUGUGUGGGGGAAUCUCUGGCUCGUAUGGAGAUAUUUCUGUUCCUGGUGUCUCUGCUGCAGCGUUUCUCCUUCUCCUGCCCUGGAGGACCUGACAGCAUUGACCUCAGCCCAGAGUUCAGCAGCUUCGGUAACAUGCCGCGCCGCUUCCAGCUCAUCUCUACUCCCCGCUGA